AUAUGGUAAGCGGAAAAGGACUUCUGAUGAAACGUGAAGCAGUUGCGAAUGGAUUUUUGCGACGGGAUCGUCUCUCAAGACUUUACUGGUUUUCGCCUCGGACCGGAUUUUAUUUUGGCUGAUUCGAGCCCCUAGUCAAAAUGAUACCUGGCUUAAGCAGGAAUCCAAAGUUCCCGAAGCUUGUGGUCUUUGAUUUGGAUUACACGUUAUGGCCUUUUUAUUCUGAUGUGCAUGUUCAACCGCCGUUUCAUAACACAAGCGAAGGGCAUGUCUAUGAUAGCAAGGGUGUUAAAGUGACUGUGUACGCCGAGGUCAACAGAGUUCUUGAGAGAGUGCAUAAAAUGAACAUAAUGAUGGCAGUCGCGUCUCGUUCAACUGCAAGUACUGGCGCCAAGGAUCUAAUGCACCAUUUAGGUUGGGACAAGUAUUUCAGUGCGAGGGAGGUAUUUCCAGGAUCGAAAGUGACACAUUUCCACAAAAUUAAAAACCAAACGCAUGUGCAUUUUACGGAUAUGUUGUUUUUUGACGAUGACCCAAGAAAUAUAAAGGAUAUCUCUGACCUGGGUAUAACAUGUAUCCUUGUUAUAGGAGGAAUGAAGAUGGCCGAUCUUCAAAAGGGAUUCGAUACGUACAAAAGAAAUCACCAGGGCCAGUUUUAGCAUUUUAUUUGACUCUUUGGCCAUUUCAAGUCGAUAAAUGUGUGUCUCCAUUUUUAACAAGAGAUGACUUAGUAGUAGAUAGUCAGAACGCAGUGUGUAAGUUGUACCCUGAGGUCUUCCAGCUGCUUAGCUAUCUUUCAAGCCUAGACGUUUCGCUCGCGAUCGCCUCUAGGAUAACAGAUGUCGCUGGGGCUGUUCAGCUACUACACAACUUACUCAUCCGAGAUUUCUUCGAUUUUGUGGAAAUCUACCCGACCAGAAAGACCCUUCAUUUCAUCGAGCUGAAGAGAAAAACAGGCUUUGAAUUUGAGCAAAUGAUGUUCUUCGACGAUGACUGGAGGAAUAUAAAAGCGGUAUCAAAACUGGGAGUGGCCUGCUAUCAGGUUAUUGGUGGUGUCCGGUUGGAUUUUGUUAAGUCGGUUUUAAUAAAAUUACUACAACAUUAUUUUUUUUAAUUAACAUUUUUUCAUACAUUCAUCAACAAAAUGUCAACACCUUUCCUUACAAAAAUAUUCAAUUUGAAAAUAACAUUACAAUGAAAUUAAAUAUGGAUGGAAUCUUUUAGAAGAAAGUUCUUUGUAUUACAAAGAAAACUGUAGAAAUCCAGUUUUCAUAGGCACGUUUAUUGUUAAAUACUACCCAAACACUAUACUACCCUAUCUAUUAUUUAAUCUACAAUACAAUUAUAUAUAAAAAAAAAAAAAUCUUAUGACCAUAAAAAUCCUAAAUAUUCUAAUUAGUCUUUGC